ACUUCCCCUGGAUUCCUAAUGGCUCCCUUGGGGGCUGCUCCUUGGCUGUAUCCCUAAGUCUCCUAGUAAGUCCAGCCUCCCCACUCCUAGGGCGGGGAGUCCCGGGCUAGGCCAGAGGCCGGGGGAGGGGGUGGACUUUUGGCCCGUUUAUUCCCUCCAUCACAGUCAACAGCUGCAGAGCGGAGCAGGCUUGGCUCAUUCCUCUGACCUGCCAGGAAGCAGAUCCUCCCAGAGACCGGGCAGAGGCAAUCAGACCCGACCUCCAGAAGACGGCAGACAAGAAUCGCAGCUGGAUGAGCUGUCCUUCAACCUUCUCCCUCCUCAGUCUUCUUAACAUCUCUUUCGGGCCAAAGCCCCAAGAAUUCACCUGGAGGUGCCACCUCUAUCUCAAUCCCUGGGGCUCAAGCCCCCUUGGGGGACCUGCAUCCCAGCAUGUCGAUAGCUGUGGAAACCUUCGGCUUCUUCAUGUCAGCCCUGGGACUGCUGAUGCUGGGGUUGACCCUUGCGAACAGUUACUGGAGAGUGUCUACCGUCCAUGGGAAUGUCAUCACCACCAACACCAUCUUUGAGAACCUAUGGUACAGCUGUGCCACCGACUCCCUGGGAGUCUCCAACUGCUGGGACUUUCCGUCCAUGCUGGCCCUCUCUGGGUACGUCCAGGGCUGCCGAGCUCUCAUGAUCACUGCCAUCCUCCUGGGCUUCCUGGGCCUCUUUCUAGGCAUGGUGGGGCUCCGCUGCACCAACAUGGGCAACAUGGAUCUCUCCAGGAAGGCCAAGCUGCUGGCCAUUGCGGGGACCCUCCACAUACUUGCUGGAGCCUGUGGGAUGGUGGCUAUCUCUUGGUACGCUGUCAACAUCACUACCGACUUCUUCAACCCCUUGUAUGCUGGGACCAAGUAUGAGCUGGGUCCCGCCCUCUACUUGGGGUGGAGCGCCUCCCUGCUUUCCAUCCUGGGCGGCAUCUGUGUCUUCUCUACCUGCUGCUGUGCCUCCAAGGAGGACCCUGCCACUAGGGCUGGGCUUCCCUACAAGCCUUCUACAGUUGUGAUACCCAGGGCCACCUCGGAUGACAGUGACAUCAGCUUUGGUAAAUAUGGCAAAAAUGCCUACGUGUAGGAGCUCUGGCCUGGUGGACACUGUUUCUUGUCCCACUGUGCCCAGGUCCUGUGGGCAGACCAGUCUCCAGUUUAUAACCUCAGGACAGGACAAAUUUCCAGGCUUCGCCAUAUGCCUGGAAGCUAUUACCCACUCUGGGCACACCUUAUCUGGCACUCCAGCCUCUCCCAGGGACAGAAACUUCAGGGGCAACUUGCCUGCCUCCUACAACUGGACACAAGGGGGCAGAGGUGUCUGCGGCCUGUGACUCCAUAUAAAUAUGUGCAUAAAUAAAUGUAUAUUGUGAUUGUUCGGGGGCACCAGGGGUCGUGACAUUACAGGCACCUAAGGGGUCUUUUUCAAAUCAUAGACUGUCAAGCCAAGACACCACUUCAGGGCUGUCUCAUCUAGUGAAAUAGUGUUCCAGGGAGCUGGGGAGAUGGUUCGGUGAGUUAAGAGUGUUUGCUACACAAGUAUGAGGUUCUUGAGUUCAAAUCUCCAGUACCUGUGUAAAAACCGGGCUGUGGACACACUCCUGCAACCCAAGUACUGCUAGGGAUGUGCGCUGAGGCUUACAGCUUCCAACCUAGCUCCAGGUUCCAUGUGAGACCCAGUCUCAAGGGAAUGAGGUGGAACGUGAUGGAGCAGGGAGCUGGAAGCCCUCCUCCAACCUUCGCAGCAAUGCAGACUUGUGCAUAGAUGACCCGUGCAUGCACGAGUGUGCGCACACACACACACACACACACACACACACACACACACACACACUCUCAACAAAAGGAUUUGAAAGGGGGAAUCGCUAAUGACUGCUCAGUCACCCACCUCAGGAGACUGUUAAUAGCUGUGAUGCUCCUGGCCCACUGAAAGUUCCUCUCUGUUGACUCCUGACCUAUUUUCUCAUAGCCUCACAAAGGGGCAGUUGAUCUAGAACGGGCGUUGGUGUGUGCAUGUGUGUUUGAAGUUGAUUUGGAGUUUAAAAUAAAGAUAUUUUAAAAGA